CAUUCAUGAAUUUUGCUCAACUGACAAAUCUCAUGACAGAGGCACCCACGCACAUGGUGUAGGUACUUCAAUUCUGAGCAAUGGCUGACGGAAUAGCCAUUAUUGGCAUUGGGUGCCGGUUUCCUGGAGCCACCUGCCUUGAGGAAUACUGGGAUAUCCUUUCAAAGGGAGAGAACCAUGUGGUGGACAUUCCCCCUGAGAGAUGGAACAUGGACGCCUUCUUUGACUCUGAUGUAAAUGCUGUAGGGAAGAGCUAUGCUACGAAAGCGGGGCUAUUAAAGAACUUUGAUCACUUCGACAACAAGCUAUUUAAGAUCAACGAAACCGAGGCUGCCCAGAUGGACCCCCAGCAGCGCCAGGUGUUGGAGUGCACGUACAUGGCGCUGGAGGACGCCGGCAUCACCAGACAACAAAUAGCGGGACAGAAAGUUGGAGUCUACAUAGGUUCCAUGACCGUGGAUUAUGGUGAUUUGAUCUCCAACAAAUCACCAGACGUUACCAACCACACAGUCACUGGACAGGCAAGUUCUAUAAUAUCCAACAGGGUAUCCUACGUAUACAAUCUGACGGGACCAUCCAUGACCAUAGACACAGCAUGUUCUUCAUCCAUCGUGGCCAUACACCAGGCAGGACUGGCACUCAGAGCAGGUGACUGUUCUAUUGCAAUCUGUGGAGGGGUGAACCUUUUAAUUCACCCAGCAUAUUUUAUCAAGUUAAGCAAAGCUCAGAUGUUGUCGCCCACUGGACAGUGCCACGCCUUCUCAGCAAAUGCCGAUGGUUACACCAGAGGAGAGGGAUGUGGAAUUGUCAUCGUGAAACUAUUAAGUCAAGCUUUACAUGAUGGUGACAACAUUUGGGGAACUAUUGUGACGGGAUUGAAUCAAGAUGGCCGCCAGGUUACGCCCAUCACAGCACCUUCAGGGAAACAACAGCAGGAACUGCUCAAAGACAUCUACACUCGACACGGGAUCGACCCGACUCAAGUAGACUAUAUUGAAGCUCAUGGUACUGGAACCAAAAGAGGCGACCCUGUAGAAGCUACAGCACUGGGGACCUUCUUUGAAAAGUAUCCUCGCCAGCGUCACAUCGGUUCUGUGAAGACCAACAUUGGCCAUCUAGAGGCAGCAGCAGGUGUUGCCGGACUCAUCAAGGUCCUGCUGAUGAUGAAACACAACACAAUCGUGCCAUCCCUACACUUUGACAAGCCCAGUGAAGCAAUUGACUUUGACAGGUUUAAUUUUGUAGUACCAACAGAAAAUACAGACUGGAAACGUCAUAAAAAGGUUGCAUGUAUUAACUCAUUUGGUUUUGGAGGUAGCAAUAGUCAUGCUGUUUUAAAAUCAUUCACAAUGGAAACAUCAGUUAAUAGAGACAUUUCCUUACCAGUUUGUUUCUCUGGCUCAAAUGAGAAAACAUUGAACAAAUCAAUGACACAAUUCAUUGAAAGUGGUAACAGUUCUAUUUUCAAUGAUGUAGCUUACACUUCAUGUAUUGCCAGAGAACAUUUUGCAUUCAGAAAAGCUUUCUUUGCAAACAGUCAUUCUACUCUGAAAUCUGAAAUACAGGAAGAGUUACAAAACAAAAACAAGCUAUCGCCUCAAGAAAAGGGAAACAUAGUAUUUGUUUUCUGUGGUAUGGGAACAGCAUGGGAAGGAAUGUGCAAUGAUCUCAUCCUCAACAGUGAUCAGUUUAGCAAAAUGAUUUUGGAAAUUGACAAAUCCCUCUCUAGAUUUGUUGACUGGUCCUUGUUGAAGCGGUUCCAGGAAUGUGAUGAUGUAAAAGAUCCUCAGUUCGGGCCAAUAGCCAUCUUUGCUUGUCAGGUCUCACUGGCCAAUCUCUGGGAAUCAUGGGGGGUGAAGCCUGCAGCUGUUGUAGGUCAGUCAGUGGGGGAGGUGGCUGCAGCACACAUUGCUGGAAUCCUGUCCCUGGAUGAAGCUGUGAGGGUCAUCUACCACAGGACUCGGAUCCUGGCUGAAACAACAGGUGGAAAGAUGAUGCUUGUCCGGAAUGUUGACACUGCACAAGUAAAGGCAGCCUGUGGGAAGUAUCAGGGUCAGGUAGAUGUAGCUCUAUACUACAGCCCAGUCUCAUGUACUAUCAGCGGGGAUGAGAGGUCAAUUUUGUCAGUCAAAGAGGAUUUGGGGCAUAUUUCAGAUAGUAACACCCUGUUUCAUGAGCUUCCUGUUACAAAUGCAUUCCAUAGUCCCCAUAUGGAUUCAGCAAGAGUUCAGCUUGAUGAAAUACUAUCCAAUAUCAAUACAUCAAAGAUGACAAGUACAUUUGUGUCGACAGUUGAUCCAGAUAUGGAUGAAGCUGCAGUUGGCUCAAAUAUCUAUUGGGGCUCAAAUGUAAGGAGUCCUGUUAGAUUUUUUGAUGCAAUCAAAAAGUCAACACAAACAUCCAAAAUGAACAUUUUUGUUGAAAUAGGUCCUCGACCAGUACUAAAAUCCCAUCUACGGGACAUGUUUAAAGAUUCCACACUCUCUGUCACAUCCAUUCCUUCUCUCCAUCAAGAUGCAAGUUACAGUGACAUUCUACAGUCACUCCUCGUGUUGUAUGGCUAUGGGGUGAGUGUCAAGUGGGACACUUUCUUUCCUGAUAAGAUGCAUACAACAAGCUACCCAUCUUAUGUCUUCAAUUCCAAAGCCCUGUUACUGGUGUCAGAAAGUAAACAACAAAUGCUAAAGGGUAGGAAAGAAAGUCAAGGGGAUCACUUGUUUCUCAAAGGUAGCAUAGAGUCUGGAUCAGCAAGCUUAAUCAUUGAUCCUCAGAGGUUCAAGAGUGUUUUUGAACACAAAGUGAAAGGAACAAUCAUUGUACCAGGUGCUGUGUAUGCUGAGGCAGCACUUGCUUUAGCAAGAAUGAUUGACAUGUACCACCGAUGUGCAAUCAGUGUUUCUGUGUCCUUCAGAAGCCCAGUCAAUCUGAAAUCAGGAACAGUGACAAACCUUGAUAUAAAACAAUCCCACAAUGAAGCUGACACUAGCGUUUUGAGUAGAUUUGUUUUAAAGAAAGGAAGUACAGUCCAUGCGGAAGCAAUGAUAAGACAAACACCUGUGGAUUACGCUCCUGAGAGAGUGGACCUUGGGCCAAUCAAGGAAAGAUGUAAGCACAUCAUUACUGGAAAGGAGGUGUAUCAACAUUUAGAAAACGGUGGUUUCAGCUACGGAGAAAUGAUGUCAAUUAUUUCAGGGAGCCAAACAGCUGAAAAGGAAAGCAUAACUGUACUUGAAGUUGGGUCUCAGCUCCAGACAGAAGUGCAGCAUACAAUUCUUCACCCUGCAGUACUAGAUGGUAUGCUACAAACACCUGCAACUGUCACACAUGUCAUCAAGGAUAUGCUUCCAUUUUCCUUGGAACAUUUGGUAGUCAAGCGAAAGACUGAGAGAAAAAUGCUUGUGCAUUUGAAAGUAUUGUAUGAAAGUGUAUGGUAUGUUUGCUAUACACUGUCACUGCUGACAACUGAAGGGUAUGUCAUUGCACACAUUGGGAAGUUCACAUUGAAAGCCAUGGGUACAGAUACAUUUGAUGUCAGGAGUGUUGCAUACACAAUUGGAUCAGAAGAAGUGGAACCUGAUGAUGAAGCUGUAUCUGACACUAUAGCGAACCUUGUCAUGUUCAGUGAUGAGAAAUCUAUGUCAAGGACUACAAUCUUUCCAUGGACUGUUCAUGAUAUUUCCACUUUACAUGAUAAUAGCUCUGUUCCAGACCUUCUAGAGUCAUCUGGAAUAUUAGUCAUGUUUCAAGCCAAACCUGGGGUUGUUGACAAUGGAUUAAAAGUGGAGACAGAAUUGGAGGAGAAGAUCAUGCCUUUAAGAUCUCUGAUACUUUACAUGUCACAACAAGCCAUCAAAUCACCCUUGGUCAUUGUCACAAUGGCAACAGCAUUGGACUAUCAGAGUCCAGACAGAAGAUCCCAUGCACUUGCGUGCAUUCACGAAGGUAUUCGGGCAUUUAUCAGAUGUGUUCGAAGGGAAUUCCCAAGGCUGAAGGUAACAUCACUAGAUCUAAAUAUUGGAAACAUGGACCAAUAUGAUGCAAAUAUCAUAAUGUCUGAAAUAUCGCAAGUCUUGAAUGUCAAAGGUCAUGCUGAAUUUGAAAGCCUUCAUGGAAGCAUAUAUGGACAGAAGUUUCAAAAGGAACCAAACUCAACGCCUGAUUUUAGACUGGAACGAAAGAUGGCCAGUCUGGACACUGUUCUUUAUUCAACUUCUGAUGGUGAAAUAUCACAACCUUUCUUCACAAUAUCACGAAACAUGCCAGAAAGGGGGAAAGAUGACAUUUUGUUUACUGCACAGUCUGUAGCAGUUCACUCUAAAUUCCUGUCUGAACAAGUUCUGCAAUCUCUUGACAAAGGAGGCCACAUGGGAAGCAGCAAGGGAAGUCCUGUUGUCACAUUUGAAUCAACUGGCUUUCCACACAGCAAUAGCAGACGAAAGAUGUACAUGGCUUGCUAUCCACACCAGGUGAGAUAUCAAUGCUAUGCCCCAGUGAAGUUCACAUUGAACGUCAGAUACUUAUGUAAUUUUCAGACAGGGUAUCUGUUGAAGCUGUACUGUCUUUGGCGAUUGUGUGGUGAGUGCAACACAAAAGAUGUCAUUAUACUGUACACACAACAGACAAGAAAAUAUGCAGAAGUGAUGGAAAUUAUAUUGUUAUCAAAACAAACAAGGAAACUGUCAUUACUGACUCCAGAAGAAAUACCAAGCCAUCAAGGACACCAUGUAGUCAUAUCAACUACACAAAUUACAGAAGAACUAGCACAACAGAUUGUGCUUGAAUGGGGCUGCAUUGAAAAGCUUAUAUCCUUUGAGAAACUGAUAUCCCUCAAAGUGACAAAUCUCCUUCAGUCUGUAAAGCCCAGAUUAAAAAUAGCACUUGUCAGAACUCAGGAGGCUCUUGCUUUCAAUCAGAUGGAUGAACAUAUUCCGAAGUUGUACACAUGGAUAAAGAAAAAUACACAAAAUGUCAGGAAGAUAGGCUUUUGUUUCAGGGAUUGCAAAGACAUACCACUGAAACACCAGGUUGCUCCGAUCAACAUUGCUGAAAUCCUAGAAACAUGGGAGUUCAAUAUUCAAGAGAACAAUGGCGUCACCACAACACAGUUGAAGAUACCCGAGAUUCUCUUGUUUGACAGACGGGGAAUGUACCUUGUUGUAGGUGGAAUGACAGGACUAGGAUGGGAAUGUGUCUUGUAUCUGGCUUCCAAAGGUGCUGGGUGCAUUACUAUUAUCAGCAGACGUAAGCCAGAUCCAACCAAACAGGAUGAAAUGAAGCAUGUGUCCAAGAUCUAUGGAUGCACUGUUACAUCAGAGCAGGCAGAUGUUCAAGAUAUCAAAGCAAUUGGAUCAGCUUUGAAGAAGCUGGGAACCCGGUUCCCUGCCUAUACUUUGAAAGGGGUAUUCUUUGGAGCUGCUGUUCUGAAGGAUGGAAUCCUUCUGGAAAUGACGAGAGACAAGUUCAAGAUAGCUUCUUCCCCAAAGGUUGCAGGAUCAUGGAACCUGCAUCUCCUGACAGAGCAUCUUCAACUGGACUACUUUGUACUGUUUUCAUCAGUAGUAUCAGUAUUUGGAAAUGCUGGACAGACAAACUAUGGCGCAGGGAAUGGAUUCAUGGAUGCCCUAGCUCAUGUCAGGAGGCAAAAUUGCCAGAGUGGUCAGACUGUAAACUGGGGUCCUCUAAAUAUGGGCAUGCUGCAAGAAAGGCACAUCAAACAGAUGGAAUCAUUUGGAUAUAUUCUGAUACACAAGAGAAGUAUACCAGACUGUCUCACGCAUGUCCUCAUGAUGAAUAGACCACAGAUAAUAAUGUGUGGUCUCCAGUUGGUGAAAUUUGGACAAAACCUCCACAGGGAGACCAAUGUGGACCUGGAGUCUCGAUUUAAAUCAGUUUUGUCUCCAUUUAAGGCGGCUAUGUCUUCAGCAUCACCAAGUAAUGCGGAAUCAUUUGACGUUCACGAAUUGAAGAAAAUGUCUGAGGAAAAUGCCCUGGCCAAACUUGUGAAAUAUGUGAAGGCUGUGGUCAUUGAUGUAGCUAUGCUUGAUGAAUCUUCAGUUGAUGUAGAGCAGGGAACCAGAGAUCAGGGUGUUGACUCAAUGAAUUUCAUGCAAAUUACUGGAAAAAUCAUGGAUGACACACAUGUUCAGUUGUCAGCAACGAAACUGAAUGUAGAAAACGCUUCAGUGACUCAAAUUUCCCGGUACAUUUAUGAUGAAUGGAUGAUCAAAGGGAAUUGUGACCUGAAACAUGAGCAACCUCUUCAAAUAGAAUAUUCAUCCGAAUCUGAUACCAUUCUGAUCCCAGGAGAACAGUUUGUUUUUGACAACUAUUUGAGAGAUCCAAACCAUAUAUCCCAUUUAAUGAUUGUGGAACUGGAACUGCCUGAUGUUUCUGAACCAACGUCUCUGAAGAAAAUCCUCCAGGAAAACGUCAGAAGACACCCAAUGUGCAGAUCAACUUUUCAUGUUGUGAAUGAAGAAGUAAGAAAGUCAACACUGGGCCCGGAUGAUGAUAUUGACUUUAGAAUAGGUUUUAUGACAAAUCGUUCUGAUGUUACACAUCUCGCAGAGGAGCGUUUCUAUCUUGAUCGCCAAGGGCCAAUACGAUUUGUCUUUGUGAAAGGAAAUCCUCCUCAUCUCAUCAUUGUCUUCCACAGAAUCGCCUUUGACUACCAGGGAAUCACAAUAAUGAUCAACGACUUCAUGAAUAUAGGGCAAGCAUUCUCAAGGGGUCAGUCUCUAAGCGAUGUACAAAGUGAUCCCGACGUCCCCAUGGGUCUAGAAAUAAGGACAAUCCUUCAACCAAGGUAUCAACAUAUUAAACAGUUUUGGAUGAAAACACUUGACACAGUUCCACACAUAUCCUUUGCAGACAGGACAGUGUCAUCCACGCCACAAAUGGACAGUAUAAGUGUACAGAGGAUUGUACCAACUGAUCUGUACCAGAAGUUGAAUUCUUUCUCUGACAAAGAAGGGUUGUCACGCUUCAAGUGUCUUGUAGGACUCGUUCAACUCCUCUGGUCAAGCAGAGCAAAUGGUCAGAAAUUUGCCAUGACAACAUAUGUUGACCAAAGAAUCUUUAGCCCAAAGCUAACUACAUCUGUUGGAAGAGGUGUUAAUUUUACACCACUGUCCUGUGAAGUAAGAGAUGUUGACAGACUGACAGUUGUUACAUUUCUCAGAGAGAAUGGUACUAGGCUUGAGGAAUGCAUAGAGAAUGGAAUAUUUCCUUUCGGAGAUCUAAAGCUUUUCCUUCCAAAGGAUGACUACGACAAUGUCAUGACAUCCUUUGUCACAUUUGGGAGUGAUGAAAUGAGGAAUAUGGGGAAAGGAAACGAUAUGCGUGGGGACUUUGGUGCCACCGUUCGGGUGAAAGCAUUGUUUGGCCCAAACACAGAACUAUAUUUUGACAUUCUCAACAGGAGAAUUUCCCAGACAAUAGCCAUUGUCCUGUAUGCUCGAAAAGAUUGUUUCACUGAGAAACGCACCCAUAUGAUCCUCAAUGCAUUUUUUGGAUUACUUGGAGACACUCUAGCAAAUCCCCAGAUGACGAUCAGGACAAUACAAACUAAACCAUACAUCACACAGCUUCAAAAUAAGAAAACACGUUUCUGAUUAUGCACUUAACAGUCAUCAGUAUGUGAAGUGCUAGGAGAUACCGCAGGCUUGGAGAACAUUAAUAUUUCAUUAAUGCUUACACUUAUGUUGCGAAAGAAUGGAAUUGUUUCUUCUGUUGUGUCACACAAUGGUCGGUAUUGACAGAUCAAAUGUACUGUUGUCGGUGACUUUAACACAAAUUGAAUGUGAGCUUUGUGAAGAAAGUCUUAUGCAAUCUUCAUGCAGUCUUAGAGCAUGGUUCUGGCGUUGGCUAACCAAGACCCUUAAGCGCAAACAGAUUGUGUUUGCGGAAGACGUUUUGAAAAUGAAUAUAUGCACACAUAUGUUUUGUUCUCAUAUUUUAUAGGCAUGAAUAUGUAUAUAGAUGACUGGCGACUUAUGAACAUGAACUGACAAUGUUUGUCUCCUUCCUAUUAUCUUAUUUGGAUAUGAAUUUGUUUAUAGAGAUAAAAUAUCAUGUUUCUAUCAUCGAGAGCAGAUAUUUUCACGGGUCCUUUACCCCGUCACUUGUAUAUUAUAUACUUUUUUGCAGUUAUACUACUUCAUUACAAAUGUAAAACCUUGAAACGUAAAUUCUCCCUACCUGACACACAGGGACGG